CCUCAACAUCAAGCACUUUUCGACAAGUCGUAUACACUCGUUACUUUGCUUAUAUAAACCGGGUCACUCGUUGAUAUCAGCAAACAUAAUCCGUUGACUUGUUCGACUCUUACCGCUACCAUGAAGACCUCCUCGUCCCUCCAGCUCGCCGCUGCCGGCCUGCUCAGCCUGGCCUCGGUGGCCCUGGGUGUCCCGUACUGCGCAAUCACAUGUUUCCAGGACGUCAUCACCGACCACCCUCCCCUGUCCUGCACGGAGGCCAACAUGUAUCUCUGCUUCUGCAAGGCCGAAGAUCUCCAGGGCUACUUCCUCGACUGUGUCUACUCCGAGUGUGGCGCUGAUGCCGACGAGGCUGUCGACUUCGGCGUAGACCUCUGUCAGGAGCUCGGUGUGCCCAUCACCGUUCCUCCCCGCCCCACCCCCUCGGCUCCUUCCACGGAUGCCCCGUCGACCCCCAGCGCCACCAACAACCCCCCGGCCAGCGAGCCGACCAGCAAGUCGACCGGCGCCCCCAAGCCCCCGACCUCCAGCAGCAAGCCCUCCGGCGGCGACUCGACCAACUCCCCGCCGGCUGAGCCCACCGCCAGCGGCGAGCCCACCGACACCUCCGUCCCCGAGCCCACCGCCGGCGAGUCCGGUCCGUCGGGCUACCCGACUGCCAGCGCGUCUUCCGGCGGGUAUGCGAACUCGACCUCCACCGACAGCGGUUCCGCCUCCGGUUCCGCCUCGGCCAGCCCCACUGUCGUGACCGUCAACAUGGGUUCCGCCAAGGACGCCAGCGCCGGUCUCCUGGCUGCUGCUGGUAUUGCCAUGGUGGCCUUCCAGCUCCUCUAA